GUGAUGACGACACCAGAAGACGUAGCGGUGGUGUGUAACGUAACAUUCCAUUGAGAAGAAGAGGGAAAGAUGGCGUCCUCUAACAAUCCUCGCAAAUUUAGCGAAAAAAUCGCUUUGCAUAAUCAGAAACAGGCGGAGGAAACUGCUGCGUUUGAAGAAGUGAUGAAAGACCUAAACAUCACCAGAGCUGCACGGUUGCAGUUACAGAAGACCCAGUAUUUGCAACUAGGGCAGAAUCGUGGACAGUACUAUGGAGGCUCACUGCCCAAUGUCAAUCAGAUUGGAAAUGGCAACAUUGACCUGCCUUUUCAGAACUCGGUGCUGGAUACCAGUCGGACAACAAGGCACCACGGGCUGGUGGAGCGUGUUUACCGCGACCGGAACCGCAUCACGUCUCCUCACCGCCGGCCAGUCGACAAACAUGACCGCCAGAUUGACAGCUGUCCUUACAGCUCAGUUUACCUCUCCCCACCGCCAGAUACUAGCUGGAGAAGGACAAAUUCGGACUCUGCCUUACACCAGAGCGCCAUGAAUCCCAAGCCCCAGGAGGUGUUUGCAGGGGGAUCACAGGAGCUGCAGCCUAAACGAGUACUGCUGCUAACGGUGCCUGGGACGGAGAAUUCGGAGUCAAACGAAGAUGCACAGGAACAGUUGUGGGAUGACGAGAAGGAUGAAUUAUCAAAGCCCAACACAUGUGAUGUCCCGGGAAUCAAUAUAUUCCCCUCACCAGACCAGGAGUUGAACCCGUCCGUGCUCCCAGCUGCACACAACACCGGUGGUUCGCUGCCUGACCUGACGAACAUCCAGUUCCCCCCUCCACUGUCCACCCCGCUGGACCCCGAUGACAGCGUGGCUUUCCCCUCCCUCAGCUCGUCCACCAGCACGGGCAGCCUGACCACAAACCUCACCCACCUGGGCAUCAGCGCUGCCAGCCAUGGGAUCCCCACCUCCUCUCAGCCCACCAUGACUGUAACAGCACAGCGCCGGCAACCACCCGUGGUGCCACUCACCCUCACCUCUGACCUUCAUCUCCAACAGUCCCCACAGCAGCUUUCCCCCACCCUCUCCUCACCCCUUAACAUCACACAGGUCGUGCCAACAGAGUCGUUGACCCUGGAGCAGCAGCUCUCCCAGUUCCCCCUGUUCAACCAGCUGACGGCUCAGGCCCAGGCUCAGCUGCUCAGUGACCUCCUGAAGCAGCACCAGGCCCUGCAGCCGGGCAUCCAGCUCAUCACCUUGCCAACUCUGGCCUCCCCUGGUACCACUGCUAGCAGCCCCUCCCCAGACAGCCAGAGCCAGACCACCGCCAGCAUCAGUAUCGGCUCGUACCGCAAUCAGACUGGCUCACCAGCCACUCAGUCUCCAACCUCCCCAGUCUCCAAUCAAGGCUUCUCCCCCGGCGGCUCGCCUCAACACAUUCCCAUGGUGGGCAGUAUAUUUGGCGACUCCUUCUAUGAUCAGCAGUUGGCAUUGAGGCAGACCAACGCACUUUCUCACCAGCUGGAGCAGUUCAACAUGAUCGAGAACCCUAUCAUCUCCAACAGCCUUUACAACCAGUGCUCCACCCUCAACUACACACAGGCAGCCAUGAUGGGCCUCACCGGGAGCAGCCUGCAGGACUCGCAACAACUCGGCUACAGUAGCCACGGAAACAUCCCCAACAUCAUCCUAACAGUCACAGGGGAGUCUCCGCCGAGCCUCUCCAAAGAGCUGACCAACUCUCUGGCGGGUGUCGGAGACGUCAGCUUCGACGCAGACUCUCAGUUCCCUCUGGAUGAGCUGAAGAUCGACCCGCUCACCCUGGACGGACUGCACAUGCUCAAUGACCCCGACAUGGUGCUCGCCGACCCCGCCACCGAGGACACGUUCAGGAUGGACAGGUUAUAACGUGAGAAGCUGACUGUGGCCGAGAACAAGAAGGAAAAAAAAACAACCACACUAACUUGUGAAUGAGAGAAACAAAAGGGCCGGAUGAACCCUCUCCCUCGUUGCAUGGCCGUCCAGCUGUCCGACCUCGCCCUCGACUCCGUGAAGCCCUUUGGAACGAUGCGCCACCAAAAGACAACAGGGAAAAAGACAUCCAGUGGCUUGCCAGGGAAUGGCCUCGCUGUCGUUUUGAAUGAGAUUCGUCGCUCAGCGCUUUCGCUAGCCUGCUGUGUUUACAGUGUAUCAUUACAUGCCACAUAUAUUCCAAAAAACGCACAUUUGACUAUUUCUUUUCCUUUUCAUAUCCACUUUAAUAUUUGUUUUGUUGAUGUUUGCUCGUAGCAGGAAGCUGCUCAGACGUUGGGCUGAACUGUAUCCGUUGUAACGGCUGUGUUAAAAAAAACAAACGGAAAAAGAAAAUGUACCACAGCCGGUUUGCUUGUACCCUGCAAUCAAAUUAAUCGGUUUUCCCAUCAUGCCGUAACGGCUGUCUAUUUCACACUCAAAGCUUUAUUUUUGACAACCAAAUGUUAUUUUAAUCAUGUACUGUAUGUUUUUGAUGCGUUAUGUAUUUACAUGUUCUAUUUAUUUAUUUAGAGAUUUUAUAUUCCAUACCAUAAUUUAAAUUUAAUGCCAAAAUGCUCUCUGUAGGCAUAGUGUAAAAUUGCACUGAUGUAAUUUGUGUCUAUUUAUUAAUUACUAACAUAUUUAUAUAUGUGUUUGUUAAGCUUCUUGGUUAAUGAAGGAGUGCAAAACCU